CUAUUAUCCAAAAGUAACAAUAAUAAUUGAAUAUUGAAUAAAUUAUAUGAAUAAAUUAUUAGGUAUUAUUAUCAUUUAUCUGUUCGUUUAUUAUUUAGAGGGGGAAAUGAAAGGGGAUGAAACCUGUAUAAAUAGUUUACACCAUAUGUACGUGAUGGUGUAGACAAAUUUGACCGGUGUCGUUAAUUUUAACACUAGAUACUCCAAAAGAUUUCUCAAAUUCACACCAUUUUGAUUUUUAAAGAUAAAUUUACACCGGUUUGUACCAAUUAAUUUCUUAGUAGUUUUCAAUGGGGGUUGUAAACAUUUUUCCUUAAUUCUAUAGUUUUGCCUGAUUAAAAAAAUAGCUUUUUACUCAUUAUUUUAGGACUUAUGAAUUUUAAAAAAUUUGCCUAGUUCAAAAGGAUCAGUUUUCGCGUGAAUUCAAAUGGUUCUUACGAAACAUCUGGUAUACUAAGAUUACCAUACUGAUAAGGACGUGGUAAUAACGUUAUUUAUCUGAGAUACAUAAUAAGGUGUGAUUUCAGAUUUAGUUGUAAACCACUAUACCAAAAACCGAGUAUAACACAUUUGAUUCCCAACAAUACCGAUUGUUUUAAAUACUUUUUAAUUUAUUGUAUUUUAAACUCAAUUUGAGAAGAAUAAAAAAGUUAGAAUAAAAAUGAAUUUCAUUUCUGAGCUUACCGUGUUCAUUAAAAUAAGAUUCGUAGAUUUAAACAAACAUUUUUUUUUUUUUUUGACAACCAUUGUUGCUGAUUCCGGAAACCUAAUUGCCGAAAAGUGCAUUCAGCUAUCAUACAAUUAUAAUAAACAAUGUCACCAAAACUGUUCACAAAAUUAGUAACCAGGUUGCUUCAAAAUUACAUCGCCAAACACGUCUAAUUAGUUUGAUAAUAAUUUAAUUAUAAAUUAUAUAUUUGUGCCCUAUGGAUUUGUUUAACAAAUAGGCCUCUUUAUUUAAAUGAGUACUAUAUAUUAAUAGUAGUGAUCAAAAGAAUAGUUCAUUGCCAAAGACAAACUAUUCCGUAUGAAUCGAUGAACUAUGUGAACUUAGGAAUAGUUAAUUUGAACUGUGAACUAAUGAAAUUGUCACACAGAUAAACUAAAUUCCCCACAUAUCGUACCGGCCUGGUUGCAUAUUAACAUGGUAUAACAUAUUAACAAUAAAUUGCAUAUAUUGUGUGCAGACAGUAUGCAUACACCGCACAUGAUUUAAAAUACUACCCGACGUGGUUUUUCAUAAUAAAUCAGUGUUUAUUUUCGAUCAAUUUACCCUCCAUCCCACGGUUUUGGACAAUAGACAUCCUUAUUCCAUUCGGCGGUUCAUUCCAUUCACGUCGUCAAGCAAUCAAAUUUUAAAUACAUAGGUACAUCUUACUCUAUGGGUUACAUAUAUUACGGUUUCGGUUUUGUUUUAUUUGUCUAACCUUAAUCAUUAUUCGUCCUUAUCAUUUUCAAACUUACCUUUUCCAACCCAUAGAGUAACUAUAUGUUUCUUUCCAAGCCUUUACCUUAAAAUUCGUGGCAAAAUCAUGAGUACUAUCACAAUUUCAUAUCAUUCGGCUUGAUAAAACUGAUAACAACUGUAAAUUGUAAUAAAAUAUUAUAAUUUAUUAAAACUUUAUGUUGACGUUUUUAUAAUAAUAUUCUUAUUUAAUUACACUGUAUUAUUAAAAUUAAUAUGUAAAUAGAUUUUAUUGGAAAUUAUCAAUCAAAUGGCUAUACAAAAUAUCUCAGAUGCACAAGAUACAUUAACAAUAUUGAAACAAGACGGUGAGUUACCUAAUUAAAUUUAAAACAAAAAAAUUAUAAAAUUAAGUAUGUACUUGAACAUGUAUACAAUAUUCUUGUCUAAUAAAAUCAAAACAUUUCAUUUAAACAUAUGAUAAUUAGGUAUCUAGUAUUUUAGGAGAUUUAUUCAUAACUUAUGGGUCAAAGCAAAACCGAAGUAGUAAAAACAAAUUUUACAUUUUAAUUGUGCGAGAAUAUUUGAAUGAAUGGUAGAAAUGUUCAGUCAAUGUAUGGUUUAAUAUAUGGUUGCAGAUGUCAAUAUCAAUAUGCAUUGCUCUCCGACUGACAUUCUGUAACCAAUAGUCCCUAAAUUCAUGCAAAUUAUCUUAAUUUUUGUUUUUAUUAACAUAUACAUAUUGUAUAUAUCUAUAAUCUAUAUGUAUUUGUUCAUUUAUUCACCUUUGCCAACAAAGAAAACAUUACUCACAAGAAGUCUACACUGUCAAUAAAUUUUAAUCAGAACCAAGUAUUUAUUUUAAAUAUAAGUUUUUGUUUUAGAUUAUCUUUCCCAAUUUGUUCCAGUAAAUAAUGAAAAUAAAUUAAAUACUAAUUCAAUACGGCUAUCGAUUGAACAAAAGUUAAGUUCAUUAAAUAAAGGUAAAAAUAAUAUUAACUUGAUUAUUUGUAGUUACAUGCAUAUAUUUAUAUCUUAUACAUUUUAUUUUAGGAUUACAGCAUGUUGAAAAAAUUAUACGUGACCAAACAUAUAAAAAUUACAAAGAAUUAUUCAACCAAGUUACAUGGAUUGAAAAUUUGGAAUCUAUUAUUUAUGGCAUAUCAUUACAGAUUCAGGUAUUGUAUUUUUAAAAUAGUUUGGCUUACAUUUAAUCUAAGUAACUAGUAUUUAAUAAUUUAUAAUUAUUUUGUCUGCCUUAAUAAACCAAUUAAUUUAAUUAUUAAUUAUCAUACAUACAUACUGAUAUCAAAAAAAAUUCCAAUACACUGGUAUUGUCAUGUAAAAAAUGACCAAAAAAAGACAUGUUUUAAUGACUUUUUUCAUACUUAUAAAUGUACAAAAAAAGUGUCGUAAAUAAUUUAAUCAGUUUUGCACAAUGACAAUCAUCAAACUUAUUAUUAUUUUUGUUUUAGAACUUACAAUCAUUAAUUGAAUUAUUAAAAUCUAGAGUUGUCGAUUUAUUUGUCAAAGUUCAAACUCAAGUUAUUCUACUGAAUAAAUUAAAUGCUACUUGUGGUUUAUUGAGAAAAAUUAUGAGGACUCAAAUUCUUGCAAUACAGUCAUCAGAGAAAGGAUAUAAUUUAUCAUCAAAUUCAAUGUUUGAAAUAAGUAAGUUUAAUACUAUCAAAGUCUACUAAAUUUAAUUAUAACUUGGGUAUAAUGGAAGCCUAAAAUUAUUAUUAUGCCCUCCUCACAUGUAGAUACUCAAAAGAAAUUGUAAUUACCUAGAUUCUUGUAGGUAACUAGGCAACUAAAAUUACACAUACACCAAUACAGUGUAAUCUCAUUAUUUUGUCAAACAUAGUUAAGUGUUCAUACAUAGUGUCCAAACAUAGUUUUUCAUAAUAAUUUAUUUUAUUUGUUUAUAUAUUUUGGUAUUUUGUAUAGAUGUGAUAAACUGUUCGAUUUUCGAACCGAACUGAACUCUGGUUGUUUGGUUUGAUAUGAUAUUCUGUGGUGGGACAGAGUAGCCUUGUUACAAAAAAGACAAUUUUUAUUUUUUUCCUUUAUUAUUAUAAUUUUACAAUUUUUUAAUUUUAAAUAUUAUUGACAAAACCUUUUUACAAUUUUAAUGUUCGAGUUCGAUAAAUUAUUUGAAAAGUUUAAUUAAUUUUGGUUUGUAACAUCUCUAGUAUUUUUUAUGUCUAUGAGUAGUAAUCAUGUCAUGAGAGAAUGCAUACAGCUCAUUCAUUUAGAUGUGUUCAUACCGGGAGUCAGUUGAUCGUGUUUUGCAGUAGGCAUGUGUGAAAAUAUACAAAAUUUAGUCUGCCACUGUAUGUGUUCUAUCGUGGCACGGAGAAUAGUAUCUAAGAAUAUAAUAUUCUUUAUCAUUACUUUAAAAACUACACAAAAAAAGAAUGGUAAGAUAAUGGGGGAUGGGUGCAGCCACUGAGGUAGGUAAGUAUUUGGGAAGGUAAGAUACAGAUGGGAAUUUAAUGUAUAUCUGUAAACAACAACAAACCAUUGCUUACGAAAAAAUGAUUCUGAGCGGAGUUCAGUAAUUAGUGAUGUUUUGUCAACAAUAUGUAUGCCAUAUUAUAGUAAAAUAAUUAAAUAGGCCCUAUAUAUUUUCCUUAAUAAUAUUUGUUUAAUGUUGGAGCGAUUUUUCCAGUUAUCCUACAUUUUUCCGGUUUUCCCAUGUUGUUUUAUCCAAGUUUUUCAAAUUUGAUGAAAAAAUCGAAAAAUGACCUUUCUGAAGUAUCUCCCCAGUGAAAUUCCCUUUUAGGUAUGUUGCUAUCAUUAAAAUUUGGAGCAAAAUUGCUGGUAGAAAAAAAUAAGGCUGUAAUAUAUUUAACUAAUACCUGCAUAUCUUAUAUUUUCCCUUAUUUUCGGUUUUUCAAAUAUAAUGACAAAACUUCUGAAAAAAUCGAAAAAUGACUUCUUUAAAAUAUCUCCUCACAUCGAUUUCCUUUCAGAAAAUUACACUAAGAAAUCCGAGCAAGUCUUUUCAUAGAAAUGUUAUUAACAGAUAUAAAAAAUAAUAAUAAUCAUCUUUGUAAAACCAUAAAUUUCUUCACUCAGAAUCUAAAAUGCAAAAGAAAAUAAUAUUCUGGAUCAAUAUAUUUUUUGGAAAAAAAUAUAAACUAUAAAGAAAAAUUAUUUAAAUUAUGAUGUAAUUUUAGGGAACUAAAAUAGUGAGGGUCCAGGUAAUAAUAGUUUCUUUUGAGUAUUUCCUAUAUCUAUUCCAAGGAAUAAGUUUCAACUCUUGAUUGAUUCUAUUCAUUAUGUGUUCAACGCUGUAUCAUUCCAUAAAAAGUAUGUUCAAGCUAAAAUAAUUCUAGUAAAAUAUAGUAUUAAAUUAGCAUUAAAAUAUAAUUAUGUUAAAUAACAACUAUGUUCACUUUAGAUUUAAAACAUAUUUAUAAUUACUAAUUUGUAUGUUAUAUUUAUAAAUUAUAUUGAUAGUGCAACCAAAAAGUUCCAGGACUAAAUUGCAUACCAAUAUAAUGUUAAAGAGUAACAUGAUUGAUAUCACUCGCUUUUGUGACUUUUCCUGAGCACAUUUGUUUUUAUAGAUUCUCUAUAAAAUUGUAUUUUUAGUUUUAAUGUAACCAAUGUUUUUGUAUUGACGAUUUUGUAAAAUAUCCAAAAAAAAAUUCUUAAAAUUAAAGAUGAUUUUUUCUUCUUCCCAUUAUGAUGUAGAAUCUAAGUGGUAGAGAAAUGCAACAUUUCCCAUGAUGUAACAAAAUAUUUUAAUUGAAAAACUGUAGAUGUUCUUUACUGAGUUUACCUCAAAUGUUGAGGAUCAUACUUAAAUCUAAGUUCAGGUUCCCCAGGAACUUUUUGGUAUGGAUGUAUGAUAAAUGGCAAUAAAAAUUUUUUUGAAAUUUUAUUAUAAUUAUAACCAGAAGGAGAAACAAAUGUGUUCAGGAAAAGUUACAGAUGCCAAAAAAUAUCAAACCUCCUUUUCUUCCACGCAUCAUUGACAUGUACAAUUAACAGUCCCAGAACUUUUUGAUUACACCUGGUUUAAUUGAUUAUAGAUAAUAAUCAAUGCUGGUAUUUAUUUAUUUUUACUGUGUAUAUAAUAUAAAUUUAGUUUUUAUUAUUUUUUUUUUUUUUUUCAGAAGAACUAAUCAUAGAUAAAGACUUGAAAGAAAUAUCAUUUUUGAAUAAAGAUUUAACUAAAUUAUGUAAUAUAUGUAAAAAAAAUCAAAACAUUUGUUAAAAAUAGCUUAGCUUUGUUAUUAGUUGAUGUAUAAUAUACAGGUGUAACAGGACUAUUUGAGAUUUUUAUGUUGUAGUCUAAGAAUGUCUAUAAGUCCAAUUACACCUGUAUAUCCAUAGUUAAUUUCAGUUAACUAAUAUUUGUGCAUUAUGUUAUUAAAAAAAUUAUAUUUAAUUUAACUAUUUAUUAUUUACUCUACAAUAAAAUUUUGAAAAAAAAAAAUUCCAAUACAGGAUGUAUUAUUUUAACAUGACAG